UCCAUUGAUUCCAGGAAAGCUUCCUAAUUUACAUCUGACUGUUUAAAUAUUGUCUCGUUAAAAUGUCAUAUAUGCUAGGUCAUCUGCAUAAUGGGUGGCAAGUGGAUCAAGCGAUUUUGUCGGAAGAAGAUAGAGUUGUCGUAAUUAGAUUCGGGCAUGAUUGGGAUCCAAUGUGUAUGAAAAUGGAUGAAGUGUUGUACAACAUUGCUGAAAAAGUGAAGAAUUUCGCUGUUAUCUAUCUAGUUGAUAUCACAGAAGUGCCAGAUUUUAACAAGAUGUACGAAUUGUAUGACCCUUGUACAGUGAUGUUCUUCUUCAGAAAUAAACACAUAAUGAUUGACUUGGGUACGGGGAAUAACAAUAAAAUAAAUUGGACUCUAGAAGAUAAACAGGAAAUGAUCGAUAUCAUUGAAACUGUUUAUCGUGGGGCAAGAAAAGGUCGGGGUUUGGUGGUGUCGCCGAAAGAUUACUCAACUAAGUAUCGCUAUUGAGUUUGCUAUGAGGUUGUUGACUCGAUAUGUUUAUAUGAUAUUGUUUUACAUUAAAACAUGAUCAGUGCACAUGAGUGAAUGAGAGGUAAACAGAGGACGCAUUCAAGUAAUUUGAAUAACAUAGAAAAAUAAUAUGUUUCAUACACACACCCAAUUGAAGUUUUUGCAAACUUGGUCGAAUCAGUCGUACACCUUUGCACUAUCGCUGUAUCUUUCUACCCAUGCACAUUGACAAGUAAAAAGAAAUCUGUAUCACAAAUUUGUGUGUGUCUUUUGAGAACAUGAAAUAUUACUAAAGAAUGUAUAUCAUUGUCAUACUAUAAGUAUACAAUACUGUUACAAUACAAUUUUUCUCUAACA